AUGUAUACCCUGAGUCGCCGGCGUAAUCGCUCGCUGGCCUCGUGUGAGCCAUGUCGCAAGAGCAAGAUCCGGUGUGAUCACGGCAAACCCACCUGUGCAUCCUGCCAACGCCGUGGGCUCCACCCACAAUGCUGGUAUCAUCCUGCCCCUUUGACCAAGCAUCGGACUUCGCAGAGACACUCUUUGUCCACGCCACCGGGCUCACUCCGCGUCGCCCAGACGGGCCCACCACCGCAGCAUCCGGUCGAGAGUCCCUUGGCCGAGACCCCAAAGUUCCACACUUGGCCGUUCAUGUCCGCCGAUCCCAAUGACUCGUCAUCGCUCACCCUCACCCCGGGCCGCCACAACUACAAUCUCAAGGCCCACGACGAGCACUUGGCGGCCAUCCAACGCAUUGUUGCCCAGCUGAAGCUCUUACCCGUCAUAGAAAAACAGUUGCAUGAAUAUUACUCAUUCAGCCUAGUCGCGCUGGUCCCUCAGCCGCUGCUCUUGCAGCUCAUCGCCUCAAUUCGGGCCGGUCUCGCAGCCUCGGGCUAUAAUCAGGACAGCUUAGAUGCAGAGCUUGACAUUCACUGCACAUCGAGAUUAGCCGAAGACAUUCUACGGGCCUCCUCACUGGAAGUAGUUAUCACCCGCGACUUGGAUUUGCCGGCGUUCUGUGCCGUGUUUUGUGGGCCCAAUCUACGCAUAGAAACUCUUGGCCUCCUGUACACGAUGGCCGCACGCGCAACCAUGUUUGCUGUAGGGGACGGACAUGACGAGGACCGCGACAAUGCCUUCGUUCGCGAUAUGGGCUGGUACGGCAACUUGAGCCUGUGUCUGGCCCGUGAGCUUGCACCGCAAACGACCGAUCUAAUCACAUGGCUUGCGCACGAGAACUUACAGUUAACCACAAUCUUCGAAGGCGAUGCAAGCUUAGGUGUAUGGAGACGCCUGGGCGAUCUCGCCACAGACAUCCUGGCCUUAGGCCUGAAUCGAGAAGCAACCCACGCCACGACGCCAUUCUUCCUUGCGGAAUGUCGACGAAGAACCUUUGCUAGAGCUUAUUACCUGGACAAAGUAUUUGCAUCGGUAUUCAUGCGGCCGCCGCGCAUAACUGCUCGACAUGCAGACUGCAGCCUUCCAUUAGAUCUAUCUGAUGAGGAACUUUUCGCGUCGUCAGAUGUGAUAGAGCAUGCAAAGCUCAACCUGACACCGGACGGCUGGAACACCGACGGAAAGCAUCGAGUUGCUACGUGGGCUCGAAUACGCUAUAUUCUGGCGGAGUUCCGUGAGGAGACCGUCGAAUAUCAGUUUCGAGUCACGCAUGCCGCUGAUUCUGUGAAGCUUAGAGAGUUAUCCGAUCGGUGCACUCAGGCAUGGAAUCGGCUACCUUCACACCUCCAGUACAGGCAGGACUGCUGGACGUCAAACCUCCCUCCAGAACUCUGCCACAUGCAUGCAAAGAUCUACCUCUCUUAUUUGCACAUUCACUUUCAGAUUUACAGACUCCUUGGGACUGCAGAAGGUCUCAUUACCCCUCAGCCAGAACUGCUUGAGGUCUCAGCCAGUAUGCUUGAAACCGUAAUUCAGAUGACAAAUAGUCGCGGGAGAACCUCUUUCUCUCCGCGCGAUCUGCCUGGGAUUGUUCUCUCUUAUGGUUUACCAUGUGCUGCAAUUCUCUCUGCCGCCCUGGAGAACGUGAUGCAAGAUUCAACAGCAGGAACAAGGCUUCCCGCAGGCAUCAAGACCUCUAAUCUCAUUCGUCAUCUCUCUGUCCUGGUGUCUCAACUGGAAAGCGUAUCCAACCCCAACGAGACCAACUACGUAUUCUGCCUCAAAGCAUCGAGAGCUAUUUCUCGCAAGCUCGACGGGAUUCUAGACAGUUUUACAGUAGUCAGUUCUACGAAGACCCCUGCCCCUGGCUCCGUCCCUGAGCCCGUUCCGACGCCCCCACAAAUCGACAGCACAGCCCCUAUCGCGAUGGGUGAAAUUGAUAUGAGCUCAUUGAUUGAUCUCGAUAACUUUAAUCUCACAGACUGGGCAAUCAAUUUUGACAUAGGCAUGAGUGAUGAGUUAAGGAUGUUCUGA